UCGACAUUCCUACUGGAAUUCAGGUCUUUGUAUUUAGUCCUCUGAGGGACAUUAUUGAAAGAAAUAAGCAGCUGGAAACAGCUCUUUACAUAAUUUAACUGUAACUGGGCACUUAAUGCGUGUUUGUUCUAAUUUACGUUCUGUUUUAUUUACCGAUCAAAGAUGAAAAUUGAAGAAGUUCGUAGUACAACAAAAGCUCAACGUGUGGCAGCUCAUAGUCAUAUAAAAGGAUUGGGCCUUGAUGAUAAUGGCCAUGCUAUUGAUAUUGCUGCUGGUCUUGUUGGACAAGGAGGAGCCAGAGAAGCAGCAGGGAUUGUUGUUGACCUAAUAAAUUCUAAGAGAAUGGCUGGCCGUGCUCUUUUAAUGGCAGGCCCGCCUGGUACUGGAAAGACAGCAAUUGCUCUUGCUAUUGCUCAAGAACUGGGAUCCAAAGUUCCAUUUUGCCCAAUGGUGGGAAGUGAGGUGUAUUCCUCAGAAAUAAAGAAAACAGAAGUGCUCAUGGAGAAUUUCCGUCGUGCUAUUGGUUUAAGAAUUAAAGAAGUCAAAGAAAUUUAUGAAGGAGAAGUCACUGAGAUUAGUCCUGUUGAAAGUGAGAACCCACUUGGAGGGUAUGGAAAAACAACUACUCAUGUUGCUGUUGGAUUGAAAACAGCUAAAGGUUCUAAAAAACUAAAACUUGAUCCGACUGUUUUUGAGAGCAUACAGAAAGAAAAAGUUGUCGUAGGAGAUGUUAUUUACAUUGAGGCUAACAGUGGAGCUGUUAAGAGACAAGGGCGCUGUGAUGCUUAUGCAACAGAAUUUGACUUGGAGGCUGAAGAAUAUGUACCUCUUCCUAAAGGUGAUGUCCAUAAAAAGAAAGAAAUAGUACAAGAUGUGACUCUACAUGAUUUAGAUGUAGCAAAUGCCAGACCUCAAGGAGGCCAAGAUAUUUUAUCCAUAAUGAGCAUGUUAAUUAAACCUAAAAAAACAGAAAUCACAGAUAAAUUAAGGAAAGAAAUUAACAAAGUUGUUAAUAAAUAUAUUGAUCAAGGCAUAGCUGAAUUAGUACCUGGAGUUCUUUUUAUUGAUGAAGUUCACAUGCUUGAUAUUGAAUGUUUUACUUAUUUACAUAGAGCGUUGGAAUCUUCUAUUGCUCCCAUAGUCAUCUUUGCAACUAAUAGAGGCCGUUGUAAUAUAAGGGGUGCAGAGGAUAUAAUAUCACCUCAUGGUAUUCCUGUAGAUCUUCUGGAUAGACUUAUGAUUAUUCGUACCUUGCCCUAUUCAAGCUCAGAAAUGAUUCAGAUUCUUAAAAUUAGAGCAAAUGUUGAAGGCAUUACUAUCGAUGAAGAAUCACUAUGUACUUUGGGGGAGAUUGGACUGAAAACUACUCUAAGAUAUGCUGUGCAGUUAUUAACUCCAGCUAGUUUGUUGGCUAAAGUUAAUGGAAGAACAUCAGUUAAAAAGCAAGACAUAACAGAAAUAGGAUCCUUAUUUAAGGAUGCCAAGUCUUCUGCAAAACUUCUUAUUGAACAUAGUGACAAAUAUUUGAAAUGAUUUAUAUAUAUGUUCAAUGCAUUUGUUUAUUGCAUUCAUUCAUUAUUCAUACUAUGCAUUGCAUUUCUGUUGUAAAUUUCUCUGUUUUUCUUUAGUGUAUGUAAUAAAGAAAAGAUUUUAAAUAA